UCAGUUUAUUAUGUUGUCGAACCGUCUUGUUUUGUUGUUUGUAAUGAUGUGACGGCGCUGCUCCGUCCUUGGUUAAUUAAGGGAAUUUCGUUUAUUUUGUACAUUUCACUGAUUCAUCCUCGGACUCUUCACUGGAUAUUUUGAAACACACGCUGGCGGUAAGAUGUCAGAGAGCUCAAGCGACACCGAGUCCUCCUGCGGCUGGACCAUCAUAAACAACGAGGGCUCAGACAUCGAGACCCUGGGGCCGGAGACUGCAGUGGACGGUGGAGCAGACGUCGGCCUCCAUGAUGGUUCAGAGGGUACUCCUGAUCCGAGCGGGCUUGCUCAGGUCCUGGAGCAGGAGGAGCUGAGCGCAUGCCCCGCUGAGGGCGCCGAAGAGGUUGAUGAAGAGGUUGCUGAGAUGUCGCUUGAUUCCACUUUGAAAGUUGAAGGGUUUGAAGAAAAUCUACCCAUCUCAGAGGUGGUGGGGGAGGCAGCAGCGGACGAGCAGGUGACCCUGAGCGGCAGCGAUCACUCUGACAUUGUGACGCUGGAGCCGUGUGCGGCCGAGCAGGGCGGGGAGGAGGAAGCCUCUGCGGCCCCAGGGGAGCAGCGCAUGGGGACCCCUUCCAGCAGCCAGUACACCUUCAGCACCGCCGAGACCUUGUUCCCGCCCUUGCCCCCCCCGGCUGACUCCAGCAGCAGCGAAACAGAGACGGAGGCGCAGCCAAGCGCCGCGCUGCGCAGACGCAGGACCAGAAGACCCACCGCCACCCAAGCCGAUGCGGAAGAGCCGCACGGCGAGCUGCCGGAGCCACAGGGGCCGCCUGGGCCCCCCCCUCGGGGACACGUCAGUGGCACCCUCAACAAGUGCAUUUUACUGGCCUUGGUCGUUGCCAUCAGCAUGGGCUUCGGCCACUUCUAUGGCACCGUGCAGAUUCAGGAGAGAGAGAGACAGAAGGUGGUGGAGAAGCUCAGAGUGAACGAGCUGUCGGAGAUGAGAGGCGACCCGCGUCUGUGCCAGUCAGAGCAGGACGUUGCCACGAAGAGCAAGGAAGUGGUUCAGCGGCUGCAGGAGGACCUAGAGGAAAAGAGCAGCAUGCUGUUGUCCCUGACAGGCAUUAUGGAUAAGAUAACUAAAGAGAACCAACAGCUUAGACUCAAACAGGCCCAGCUACAGGCCCAGAAGGAAGAUAUGUCCGUGCACCUCCAGCAGACCGUGGAGCAGAUGAAGGAGGUAGAAUCUCAUGAGAAGCACCUGACGACGGAAAACCGGCAGCUGAAAAGCUUCUUGGAACGUGAGGAAGAGUCCGUCUCCUCUCUCCAGGAGGAGCUACGCAACCUCCGGGCACAAAUCAGGAGUCUGGAAGAGCAGGGAGAGGCAGCUGAUGCUGUCCUGUCAGAGAACCAAAGGCUGAAGGGUCACCUGGAGGAUGAAAGGCAGCGAAUCCGCAGCUUCCUCAACCAGAAGGAGACGUUGAUGGCGGAAGCCCAGAUGCUGCGAAAGGAGCUGGACAAGGAGCGUCGGGCGACUGACCGUCUGAAGGAGGAGGUGGAGCAGCUGAGUAGCAGGAAAGCAGGUGCUGGGGGUAUAGCCGACUUAGAGACUGAGGAGCUGCAGACACGUCUGCUGGAGCUGGAGAAGAAGCUGAGCUUUGAGCAGCAGCGCUCUGACUUAUGGGAGAGGCUGUAUGUCGAGACCAAGGAGGAGCGUGCGAAGGGAGAUGACCAGCAGAGGGCGAAGAAAGGCAAGGACAGCAUGAUGGGCAAGGUGAAGGAGACGUUCGACGCCGUGAAGAAUUCCACUAAGGAGUUUGUGCACCACCACAAGGAGCAGAUCAAAAAGGCCAAGGAGGCAGUCAAGGAGAACCUCCGCAAGUUCUCCGAUUCUGUCAAAUCUACCUUCCGUCAUUUCAAGGACUCGGCCACACACAUGUUCGACAAGGUUCGCCGGCCUCAUCAGAGGAGAUUCCAUGAAAGGAAGGAUCCUAAAGCUGAAGAUUUUGAGAAGCAACGGGAAUGUUCUAGGGAGCCCAAGUCCAAAAACUCUGACGACUCCUGGCCCCAUAAGCCUCUCCAUCGGCACCCAAGAAAAUCAACUGUUGAUACUUUUCAAGUAGGUUCCAACACACGGAAGUCAGGAAACCAAGCUGCUCAAGAUUCAGAACAGAAGGAUUAUAGCAGUACUUCUAAGGGCUGCUCUGGUGUGUUCGACUGUGCUUAUCAGGAGUCCAUGAGCCUCUUCAACAAGGCUCUGGAUCCCAUCAGGGCGGAGGAGUUCAACCAGCUGAUCCACAGCUACCUCCAGCAAGAAGUGGACCACUUCCACCACUGGAGGGAGCUGGAGAGCUUCAUCAAUCGCUUUUUUCACAACGGCGUGUUCAUCCAUGACCAGAUGCUGUUCACAGACUUCGUCAGUGGUGUGGAGGACUACCUGGAGGACAUGGACGAGUACCAGCGUUAUGAUGACGACGUCUUUGAAGAUCUUGAUGACUAUGUCUACAGGCACUUUUUCGGAGAUACCUAUUCAAAACAAUAUGGGCCUAGUAGACCCCUUGAAAGGCCUGUGUCAAAAAGUAAAGAAGACGGACAGACAAGGCACCGGUACCAGCACAGGCCUCUGCGGAGCCACCCUCGUCCCCAGGCAGAGAGGAAGUGGAGCAAGCCGGCCCGUGGCUCUGAGAGGCACAUGCCAAACGUAAAAAUCCAGCUGGGGCCGAUGCCACUUGAUCCAAAAUAUUAAAAACAAAAAAAACUUAGUUUAUAUAAACAUUUUUUCCUUGAAUUUCUGUCAUUGCUAAAGUUCAUAUUAUAGAUGUGUUUGAGGCAGAUAUUUAAUUUUCUUCUUGUUUUGUGACUUUGCACAGUUUCUCUUUCCAAAUGGAUUUAGGAAUGCAACCCUGUCGCUGGCUGCCUGAUAUCCUUUUGCUGUGCAGUGCAACAGCACUGGGUUGGUUUGCUAAUUGUGAAACGUGUCUUUUGUUUCAUAUGAGUGGCAUGAUUCAGCGAUGCAGAAUUGCUGCAAUAUUGUUUUUUGUAAAUUAUUGACAUUGAGAUCAAUGCGUUUUAAUUUGCCUUGUGGGGAAUAGUUGUGAAAACCUUAGUUUAAAACAUGAAGGUUAAUUAGCACCUGUUAAUGCUUGCGUCUUUGACGAAGUCUGGCUGGCAAUGCAACGCUCUGAAAUCGCUAAUGACUGGAAGACUUUACAGAUUCUGUAAGUGGACAGCACUUAUUUUUUUACUGUGUAAAUCCAAUCUGAAAGAAAACAUAUUUGACUAUUUAUUGUAAUAGGCUGGCCCGAGUGUUGAGGAUUCAUUUAUCGAGUAAAACAUAGGAUUCUGAAAUAAUAUAUUAACUUCAAAUUAGAACUGUUAAUCAUUUUUUUCCAGCCAAAUUUUACUUCCAUUUUACUAAAAUGAGUAGAACUCAAAAAGUUUUAUAGCACUAUAGCCCAGAAUUCAAAGAAUGGUUUGUGACCAAAAGAUUCUGAAAUAUACAUUUGACUCUGCUUGGAAUUUAACAGGAUAACAGCUUAAAUUUAAUCAUCGUACAAAUAACAUUAAGCACUUAUAUCAGUUGUAGCAGAAGUUUAUCUUACCAACCAUAUUGUGAGAACUGAUGCUCUUUGCCACCCCUUUAAAUAGAUAAUCAUCAGGAAGUACAGAGCUACCGUCUAUUGGCUUUGGAGUUGUUUUUCUGUGCUGUCAUUAAUUUUUAACAUUCCAGUAGUGGUUUGUCUUCCUUGGGCUGAUGGAAUUUCCUUUAGAUUGCAGUUAGGAUGGAAAAAAAAACUAGACAGUAGUUGUCUAAUAAAAACUGAGUUUAUCCUGUG